ACAGGAUGUGGGUCUCCUCUUUGUCUCCAAGCCUGCAGUUCAAGGCUGCUGGCAACUGCUCUGGGGAAUUGCUGCGUGGAAGAACAAAGAAAACCGACCAAAACAUUCUGCCAUUUUGUUCAUUAGCUGAUAUUUCCUGGGGUUACUGGAAAAGGUCAUAAUAAUUUUGUAUCUUCCUCAAAGGCCUAUAUGGUUUUAUUCAGCUCCAGUAAUGGACUCCUCCCUCCACCCCCCAGCUGGAACCUGCCUAUCUCAAUCCAGUUAACCAGGUUGCAAACUGACUUUUUCUGGAUGCAAAGAACACAGAAGUGAGCACUAAACUUCUGCUAGAUGCGGCUAGUUUUCCAGAAGUGGCUUUUCCGUUGUGUGAAAGAUCCCAUGAAACAAGGAUAUGUAUCAGCCUAUGGUGUCCACAAGGGGAUCCGUCUUCCAGUAUGCUGAUCAACAUCCAUAUGAAACCGCUGGGAGACAUGAUUUGGACUUCAAUAUCAUCAAUACGUUGAUGACAUCUUACUCUUUCCAACUGACUCCAAGAAGACUGUUGAAGUAUUGUUCCUACUAAUGAAGCAACUCCAACCUGAGUCACACAGUUGUUCCCACAAACUCUGUGACGGAGAAGCCUUGUAGUUUCCCAGAGCAUACCAUCACAUAUUUCAGAAAUCACUGGAUAUUGAGCUCCACAAAGACUCUUAAAACAAAGCAAACAAGAAGAUAUUAAGCACUUUGCACUGCCCUUGAAAACCACUGCUUCUUAAAAAUCUGCACCCACUUUCUUAAAAUUUGCGCUUUCCUGUUGCCAUGGAGAAGGUCCAGUACAUAACCCGGUCUGCUAUGAGGAGAGCCUCAACUAUUGAGGUGAACCCACAAACACGCCAAAGGCUUCAAGAGCUCUUUGUGAAUUUUUGUCUUAUCUUAAUAUGCCUCUUGCUUAUUUGCAUCAUUGUGAUGCUUCUUUGAAGUCUGGCUUCUUUGAUUGAUCUUCACUGCGCUGUGAAAAUGGGGAAAGCAGCCAGAGAGAGAAAAGAACCAAAGAGGAAAUUUCCAGCACAAGGAAAUCCUUGCAAGAAAGUCCAGCAUUCGGACUAAACAAUUUCUAACCGGCUGCACUAUUCACUUAUUAGCCACUGCAACCAUGUUAAAAGCUCCUGUACUGAACAGUGAUUUGAAAUGUAUUGUUAAGUGUAUGUUACAGACUUGUUUUACUGAAUCGAUGUGUUAGUAAAAAAAGCUAUAAAAUGUCCAAUAGCAAGUUUUACAUAUGACCACCAAUAAGUUUUAACUAUGGCUCUGAAAUAGGUUCACAUUUGAAUGGGUAGGUAGAGAUCGAGGCUAAAUGAACUGUUAACAGGUACACUUAGAUCAUUAUAUAGUUUAGAAAAUAUUCUGCACAGCCUACUUUCAAAUCUUGAGUACUUGGGAUUGUUUACUCAAACUAUUAUGAAGCUUGCUUUAGCAUGUUUAUGACUGAAAUCUUGAAAUUAAUGUUAAACCAUUACAUGGACACAGACUUUCUGGUCUGAAAAAUAAACGUAUUCAAUCAACCCAUAGUUAAAUGAAGUUAAUUUUUCAUCUGACAUGCAUAUUGCACAUUUCAGCAAUGGCAUUUGUCUAGAACAGCCUGAAAGAAGCACUGAGACCCAAACUGUGGCCAAAUGUAAAUAAACCUUCAGGCAUUAGAUAUAUUUGCAAAUACUGCAUAUCCUCGCUUGUGUGUUCAAGUAAGGUAAUUUGAAAGUGGUGGAAGACACUGGAUGUAGAUAGAGUAUGACAAGUAAGAGUUUUGUGCACAAAAACCCAAGUAAUGAAGUAAAACUGAUAUCAAUAUUUUUCUCAAACGUAAAAGUUGGGAUUCAAUGCAGCGCUAAGGAGAUUGUUCUAUCAGUGCAAGCAUUUCCUCUUGCCUGACAGAAUGAUCUCCCCUCCCCUUCUCUGCACACUGUUCUGAGGGUUCUCCAGAGCGGAUUAUGGGGAGGCACAGGGGGUGUACUGGGGACGGGGGUGGGGAGCCCUAUUGUGCUAGCACUGGUUUCCUCUAGUGUGCCAGAUAAGUUGAAUCUAGCACUAAGUAUGGGGAAAGUGCGAGGUCAAUGCUUUGUAUUUUGGCAAUGCUCAGUAAUAUUUAAAACAGAAUAAAUGCUUCCAUACAGUAAAAAAAAAAAGUAUUGAAAUAAGCAGUUUGUCCUUUGGUUGUGGGUUUGUUUGUUUUUAUUUCACUCCUUAAAAUGGCAUUCAGAGAUCUGAAUAUUUGCUUCAAUGUACAAAAAAGCCAAAACAUCAUACUAUGGAUGUCUAUAUAUUAUAUAUUGGGGGAGGAGGAGGUAUAGAGUCGAGUUUACUCAUGGAUUGGACAUAUAUGCUUUCAAUUUCUUACCUUGGUUAAUAAUUGUGAACGGAAGAACUACAGGAUUUAAUACUCCCCAGGAACCUUAACCAUGGUCAAAGCUUUUCUAGGCACUGACCCCACCAAUGGUUAAAAAUAAGUUCAUAAUGUUUUGAAACCAAACUUAUCAUUUCUAUGAAGUGUACAUGUGAUCAUUUUAGCUGAACUGGUAAGAAGCAACCAUGUCUAAUGACUCAUUAAAUUAUUAUAAUUGUUUCAUACAUUGAGAAUGUACUCUUCUAAUUAUGUUACACAUGAACUGAUCUUCCCGUGUUGAGAAAAACACACACAUUAGGUUGGGUUCCUUCUUAAGAUAAAAAAUAAAGGUUAAUGGAUUGGCAAGACA